GCCAUUUUUCGCAUUCGUGGGUCUUAUUCCUUCCAGACGUUUCGAAACCAGCUCUAGGGUUUUUGUUGAUUGAUUGCCGAUUGGAAGUGCGAAAUUUUCAGUUGGUGAAUCAUGGCUGAGCAUCACGAGCACGAGGAACCGAAGUCUGAAUCAUUGUUAGAGAAGAUUUCUGAGAAGAUUCAUGACCGCCAUUCCUCGUCGUCUUCGUCUGAUUCGGACGACGAGAAGGAUAAAUCUACUCCUUCGAUCCAGUCCAAGAUUUUCCGACUUUUUGGAAGGGAAAAACCUGUUCAUAAGGUCCUUGGUGGCGGAAAACCGGCAGAUGUUAUGCUAUGGAGGAAUAAGAAGAUAUCAGCCUCUGCGCUUGGUGUUGCCACGGUCGUUUGGGUUCUAUUUGAAUUGCUUGAAUACCAUCUACUCACUUUGGUCUGCCACAUCCUGAUCCUUGCACUGGCAAUUUUGUUCCUGUGGUCUAAUGCCUCAACUUUUAUCAACAAAUCUCCACCACGGAUACCAGAUGUUCACAUUCCAGAGGAACCUGUUCGACAGUUUGCUUCUGCUCUUAGAAUCGAGAUCAAUUGGUUGAUUGCUACUUUGAGGGAUAUUGCAUCAGGGAGGGAUCUCAAGAAAUUUCUUUCUGUUAUCGCAGGACUAUGGGUUUUUUCUAUCGUGGGGAACUGGUGCAACUUCUUGACGUUGUUCUAUAUAGCCUUUGUUUUGCUUCACACUAUUCCUGUGCUCUACGAGAAGUAUGAAGAUCACGUGGAUGCCUUUGCUGAGAAGGCAACCGGCGAGAUUAAGAAGCAGUAUGCAGUGUUUGAUGCCAAGGUUUUGAGUAAGAUUCCCAAGGGACCUCUGAAGGACAGAAAGAAGGACUGAAGUGGCUUACUAUUGUUGUGCAGUUGGGUAUACAUCAAUAUCCUGUUUAACUUUGAACCCCGUCAUUAGUUAAAGCGCUAUCUUGUAGUUUUAUUUUUUUAGGGUUCCUUGGUACGGUGCAAGGAAGGAGUGUUUUUCUUUCCAUUCAGCUGCUUUCGUGGUCGUCAUUCCAAUUCUGUGAUCUUAAUUUCUUGUCUUUUUUUUUUUUGGGUCGUAUUUAAAGAUUAAGAUGGAAGAGUUCAGGGGGUUUCUGUACAUACUUGUUUAACUGCGUUUAUUUAUAGUCCUGGUGAACCUUGAUGACACUGAGUUCAGGAAGUGCACUUGUCUGUUUGAUGGUCUUGCUUUA